AAGCAAAUACAUUGGUUAGUCGACUUGAAUUGCCUUCGCUGCUCCUCGCUGCAAAAUGUAUCGAUACAUGGACCCACGUCGAGUUAAAGAAGGCGAUGUUAUGAAAUAUAAGACCGGAUUUCUGAGCAAUAAAUGGAAAACGUAUCAUGCAGUAUUGUUCAGUGAUUCGAAAUUCUGUUGGUACGAUGAGAAGGGAGACACCAAGCCUAAAGGGUGUGUUCUUCUCAAGGAUGUUGUACCAUACAUUUGUGUUGGUCUGAUGACAGAUAGAAUGCCAGUAAAGUCACCUACCCUACCAGAUGGAUACUCUAAGCACCAUCUCGUCGGCAUUGGCAUGGACCCAAGAGCUGAGACCGUACAUUGGAUUCUGUUCUCAUCUGAUGCGGAUAUGGAAUCAUGGGUUACCGAAAUUACAAAAACGUUACCGAUAGUUAAUCCACAACCACAACCUCAACCUGCACCACCAGGCGGUGUACCCGCUCAACCAUCUUCAGGUGGUUACGUUCCUCCCGCCAAGUAUCCUGAUGCUCCUCCACCAGUGCAGCCAACUCAACCUUAUCCUCAGCCAGUUCCCGUAGGUGGUGGAGCACCUAUGGGCGGAGGUGGAGCACCACCUCCACCGUACUAUAGCCAGGGAUCAGGCGGCUAUGGAGGCGGAGGGCCUCCUCCAGCUCCUGGUCCUACGACCGUCAUAAUCGAUAGAGGAGGCGGUGGUUACGGUGGCGGCUAUGGCGGAGGCGGCCUAGGCGGCUUUGGCAGCGGUUUACUCGGCUUCGGUACCGGUAUGUUGGCUGGAUCAUUGAUGAGCCAUGGAUUGGGCUCAAUGUGGGGAGGUCACGGUAUGGUAUAUGGUGGUGGCAUGGGUGGUAUGGGUGGCGGCCUCGGCAGCUAUUAUUCGGAUAACGACACAAACAUCACUAACAACUAUUACAAUUACGAUCCCAACAGCUCUACCGGAGGAGGCGCAAUCGACUCCACUUCAUCGCAACCGGCAAUAACGGAAGUUCCAAAUGAUAUCGGCGGUGGUGAUCUCGGCGGUUACGACUAUCCUGGAGACACUGGGCCGGGCGGAGCCGGCCAGGAAAUGGGAUUUGGCACAUGGGAGAAAGCGAGCAUGCCGAUUACGAUUGUAAUAAUAAAGCCACCGGAUCUACCAAAUGGUUAUGCCGUGGACCAUCUCGUAGGCAUAGGCAUGGAUCUAGAUGCCGAAACUGUUCACUGGAUAUUAUUUUCUUCUGAUGAAGAGAUAGACGCACAUCCACAAGUUCAACCAGCUUAUCUCUAUCCAGCUACUCCGAUAAGUGACGAUGAGCCAUCAAAGGUGGGAGGUAAAGGUUUACUUGGCUUUGGCAGUGCAAUACUAGCAGGAUCAUUGGCUAGCUAUGGAUUUGGAUCAAUGUGGGAAAGUGACAAUGUGAGAGAAUUAGGCUACCAUUCAGUGAGUUUUAUACUUGAAGAUUACAAUGGCGACUUCGGAGGUGGAGAUUAUAGCGGUGGCGAUUUUGUGAUUCGAAACUCUGUUGGAGUCCAUGAUGAUGCAUUCAAUAAAAGUUUUGGUACUUCAAUGCUUACAGAAGCAUUGGUAAGCCAUGGAUUGGGCUCGAUGUGGGGACAAGGUGGAGGCAGCUAUCAUUUGGCCGGAAACUCCGUAGAUAAACAUCACUAUGAUCGCAUUGGAGCAGGAAAGCUUGAUAACCCCACUGCCGUCCAAGCUGCACGAUCAGAAGUUAGGGGCGAUGAAGGCUUGGACCAUUCUGGAGGCCACGGUGGAUUUGAUUAUCCUGGAGUCAACUUCCAUAGUGGUGACUUGGGCGGCGGAGACCAUAGCGAUGGAUUCCUUAGCUCUGGUGAUUUCGGCGAUAAUGAUUUUGACCAUUUCGAUUCCUAUUAGAUGUGCUAGUCAUCCACUGCUUCCCAUAUCUGCACAUCUCCAUGAUCC